CUUUUUUACCAUUGAGGGAGCGAGGAGUGAGGAAAAUUUAUCUACCCAUAGUAUACCAAUUUGUAUACCUGUUUUCUUUGUAGAAAAUGUCUAAACGAGGAGGUAGGUCUAUAAAUAUCUUCUCUUUUUGUCUUAUUAAUUUGCUUGCUAAAUGGCAUAUCUGUGGUUGUGUACACAGGACGAGGAAAAGGACAUCAUAAAGGUCGAAGGCGCCAUUUUACUGAUGCUGAAGAAUUAAGAAUGGAAAUGGAAAAGGAGAAACGACAGCAGGAUUGGAGGGUAAAACGGCUUUAUUUGACUUCAUUUUGUAUUUAAUAAAAUCAGUAAAACAAUUACAAGGAAGUUCCAAUGACUCGUAAUUGUAGCAAUAUAAUUGGAACGUCGUACCUGGCAUAUUUCUAGCUUCCUCGAAAAAACGUGAUUUUUGAACUGUGGCACGCGUGGUGCAAUACCCGCAUAAUUUCAAAAGAAGUGAAUAAAAUCAUUAACGCAUGGCAUUCUUUAGUUAUUGUUAGACGUACAGUACUACAUAAAAAGUACAAUAGCCUUAUUAGAACAACACAAGGCUGUUGUUAAAAUAAUUAAUUAGCUGUUGAGGAGCAUAUUAAUAUAUAAUUUAUCAGCAUAUCAAGGUGCUUCUCAUUUCCAUUGGAAUUAUUGCACAUCUAGUGCAUAGUUGAUGUAAAGUGCUAUGAUAGAAUUAACUGUUUUGCCUUCUUCCUACUUAGAUUGUGAUGGUUUCACUAUGGGUGGAUUUAUUUGCAGCAUACAUGUAUAGUUGUCACAUUUGCCUGCUGGAGUAUUUAAUUGUUUUUAAGCCUAAAAACAAUUUAAAAAUUCCAGUGGGCAAAUGCGACGGUUAUACGCGUUUGUUGCAAAUGUAUCCAGCCUAUGUUUUGACUGAAUUGAGUUUUAAUGUUCUUUAUCCAGGAGAGAAAAGAAGGUGAAGGGUCUGGUGAUGAAGAUGGAGCUACUUCCAGGAAACUUGAAUCUGAUAGUGAUGAGGAUUCAGAAAGUGAGGAAGAGAUGGUAUGCUACAGUCUUUUGUCUGUUUCAUGCAGUGAUCGUCAUCAUCAUCAUCAUCAUCAUCCAGGAACUCUUUAUUUUUACUGUAGGGAAAACCUAAAGGAGUCAGUGGUCUCAUAGAAAUAGAAAAUCCAAACAGAGUAGCUCAAAAAACGAAAAAGGCAACCAAUGUAGAUGUCAAUGAUGAUAAGCCACAGCUGUCUCGAAGAGAAAGGUUUGUAAUCUUACUGUCAGUAGUAAUAUAAAUUUAUUACUGAAUUGAAAUGGAUGAGUUGAAUCAUAAUUAUUUUGAACUGCCGAUAAAGAUAUGAAAGUGAGAAGAGUUUGUAAUGUACACGAUGGUGGAAAUAAUAAUAUACCAUUGCGUUAUUAUGAACUCGUAAUGGCCUGCUGUCAGGUUGGCUUGAUUAGCUCAAUGGAUAGAGCAUUGCAUCCGGGCAUCACAAAGUUCAGGGCUCGAUCCCAGGUCAAGCCUGAAUUUUUUCAGGUUCUUUUUCAACAGCUUAGUUUGUUCAUUCUACUGCUAAGAUCUUGUUCACUUUCAUAUUAACUAUUACUCAUGCCCAAGUGAGGGACAUGUCAACUUCCUCCCUUUUCUGUCUUGGGACAUUUUUUGCAGCCCCAGUUCUCAUUUCAUUUCACUCACCCAGGCUGAAUCUGCGAGCGGGCAAGAUGAAGUGAAUUUGUGUUCUGAUUGGCUACCUGAAGUUUGGAGGUUUUUUUUUUCAUCAUGGCAAGAGAUUGAUUCUUGCACUUGUCAAGGUUUCUUUGGUUCACUUAUCUAACAACCUUGAGUCCAGAAAAAGUCGUCAAAUUUUGCAUCCACAAAUUUGUAUGAAGCCUGUGGUUUCUGUGCAUUCUACAAGAGUCAGAUUAGUGAAAAAGCUGUGAAACAGGGCCAGCAGUUUUUUUUACUGUGAUGAAAAGAAUCUUUCAUGAUAUUGAUACGGUAAUUUAAAGAUCGGGGUUUAUUUAUUGCACCCUAGUAACUGACUGUGUCAAUAUCUCCUCAUGUUCAAGAUGAUCAAAAUGGAAACAGGCUUUCUUGAGUUUUUAAUUGUUACUGCAGGUUCUGUUUUUCCAGUAUUAGGCAGGGAUAUAGCUAAGAAAAUGAUAAGCAGGCUUUUUGGUUAUUCAAGCCAACUGUUUUACUGAUCUCCAUCUCUAAAAUUCCCACAUCUUUGUUUUCCUUUCAAUUUGAGCUGGUGAUAAGCUCUUUUUCAGCCAGCAGCUGGCUCUUUGCGACAUCCCUGAUUAGGUCUUUUUCAAUCAUGUGGUGACCAGCUAUGUAAAUUUCUUGGAACAAAGAAUUUUUUUAUACAUGAGAAAAGAUUUUAUCUUACCUUGAAAGCAGAGGUUUCUUUCUGGCAUGGCUUUCAGCAUUUGUGAUCUCAUUUACAUUGCUUGUCAGGUGCAUAGACACAACUGACAUGCCACGCAAACAAAUGCGCAAAUGCUAAAAGCCAUGCCAGGAAGAAACCUUUGCUCGCAGGGUAAUUUGAUCCUCACAGAGAUUUUUUGGUAUACCGACAUGGCCGCUGUGAUGUCAUGACAAAAUGAUCUAUUGCUACAACAUUUUGCUCCCUAAGUUUGUAAAUGAUGUUUUUAUGACAUAGAAAAUUGAGGUGUGCUUUAAGUCCAUGAAACAAAAAUAAACAAAAAGCUUGAAAACCACUGCAUACCUUUUGACCCACUAGGGGCUCUGGUGUCUUUUACUUUCCAGUUUCUUUGCUUGUUUGGUUGGAGAGUUUCAUCACUUUCAUGCUUUGUGAAACCCUUUCAGGAGCACUGUUGUAAGUGUUACCUUGUAACUUUAACUACUACCUUCAUAAAUUGUUUUGAAAUUGAUUUUAGGGAGGAAAUUGCCCGGCAACAAAAUAUAAUGCGAGAGAGGAAACUUCAAGCAGAGGGUAAAACAGAUCAAGCUCGGAGUGACUUAGCUCGACUAGCAAUCAUUAGAAAACAGAGAGAAGAUGCAGCACGGAAGAGAGAAGAAGAGAAAAAAGGUACAAUUUUAUUGUCUCUAAAUUCUGAAAGUUUACUUAAAAUUCCUAGUGUUUGAAAUUGGAAACUACACAAUUGUUUGCUUUGUUUGACAACAUACCGGUAACUAUCUCGGGUAUGAAGCAUUUUCAACCAAAAGAAGCUCAUAAUUCAAAAUCCUCAGGUAUUUGAUUGUAGUUUAUUUAAUCAGUGUUUGCAAGGUGGGUUGCUUGAAAAUAGUGAUAAAUAGAUGCCGUAAAAUUCCGAAAAUAAGCCCCGGGGCCUAUAUUUUUCAAAGGCCGUUUUUGAGGGGCUUAUUUUUGGAGGGGCUUAUCUAUGGAGGGAAAUUUGCGUCUCAAAAUCGAUGGGGCUAGCCUUAUAGUUGGAAGUAAAUUUACCGUUUUUGCUUUGUUUUACUUUGUAUUUGAGGGCAAUUUUCCAAGUACAAGCCCCCGGGGGCUUAUAUUAAAUUUUGGAGGGGUGAUUUAAUGGAGGGUUUUUUGCAUUACCGGUUUGGGGGGCUUAUAUUUGGAGGGGCUUAAACAUGGAGGGGCUUAUUUUCGGAAUUUUACGGUAUGCAAAUAUUGGUAGUUGUGAUUAUACGAUAUUUGUUUUAAGCACUUAUCUUUCCUUUUUUUCUCUCAGCGAAAGAAGCUGCUCAAGCUGCAAAAUCUGCAAAGCGGUAAUAGAGGCUACAUGAAGGAUGACUGACGAUCUACAGCAUCCCUUGCAGAGAAUUGACUUAUAGAGGAAUGAGCACAAUAAGAAGCCCUAUGGCCAGAGAUAUUCAUAUGCUUGCUAUAUCUUGUGGAAUAAC